GGAUUCAACAGUUCAGUGUAACGAACAGUUGCUUAGUAGCUCUCGAUCGCCGCUCAGUCUUCAGUCAACUUUUUAAUACAAAUAUCAACUGCAUUCACAGCAAUGGAAUUUUUCUGGACUCUGCCAUUGCUUUUGAUAUAUAUUAUAGAUCAGUCCUAUGGACGAUGUGAAAGAAGUGUAAAUUUAGAAAAUGGCUCCACCAGUUAUCGAUUGAGGAAUUUAAUUAGAUUUCGGUGCGAUCGCGGGUUCACGCUGCAAGGAAGUCCGCUGCACAGCUGCGACCGUGAUGGCCGAGUUCGAGGAGAAAAACCCUACUGUGCCAGGGAUGGUUGCGUGGGUAUUCAACAGACGGAGAAUGGAGUUGUUAUAUCUAGUGGCUUGAGCUCGGAAGUCAUGUGCCGAGAUACCUUUGUGUUGGUGGGCAAUCGAGUUGCCUACUGCGAUGGAGAAGUGUGGAACACCCAGUUGGGAACCUGUCGGAGAAGUAAUUACACAGGGGACCAUUCCUGUGACUUUGAGAGCGAUGAUCAGUGCGGUUGGGAGGCGGAGGCGACCUUCCGGCGACCUUGGCGGCGGGUCAGCGCGGUGAACGAUAUUCACUCUCUGAAAACCGGACCCCACCACGACCACACCUUCAGAAGCCACUCCGGCGGACACUAUAUGCGCAUGGAGACCCAGAGCGGGGCCUAUGGGAACUACCACUUUAUGUCGCCGAUCUAUCCCAGAUCCCUAAGUCUGAAGACCGCCUGCUGCUUCCGGUUCCACUACUUUAUGUACGGAGCGGGCGUGGGCAGUCUGGUGGUGUCCGUGAAACCCGUCUCGAUGCGAAUGACCGAAAUGUGGAACAGGUUCAGGGCCAAUUUCAGCAAAUUCGAGGUGGAAGGGCAACAGGGAACCCAGUGGAUAGAGCACACGAUCGCCAUAGAUGAGAUGCAGGAGGAUUUCCAGGUGAUCUUCACAGCCACGGAUGCGAGAGCGCAGUUCGGAGACAUUGCCAUCGAUGACGUAAAGCUGAUGACAGGCAGCGAUUGUGGGGCAAAUGGAUUUACCACCUCUACCGAACCACCGGCACCACCGACAGCCAGCAGCGAAAUGCCACUGGUUUGGGAUAUGAUGAGCUGUACGGGUCGAUGCGGUUCCACGAAUUUUGGUUCCACCUUUAACGAUGGACAUGCCAUCUUGAGUUGUGGCUGCGAUGAUUCUUGUCUCUUAAUUGACAAUUGUUGCCUAAACUAUUUGGACGAGUGUGUUAAUGGGCUCGACACAACGACUGAUGAAGAAGUGAGCUUUACAGCAACCACUAGCACCACAAAGAAACCAACAACGACAACAACAACCAGAAGAACAACAACACCAACCACUACCACCACAACAACAACACCAAAGCCAACAACAACUACAACAACUACAACAACAACACCAAAGCCAACCACAACUACAACGACAUCAACAACAACUACAACUGCAACACCAAAACCAACUACAAGUACAACAACAACACCAAAGCCAACUACAACUACAACAACAACACCAAAGCCAACUACAACUUCAACUACAACAACAACACAAAAGCCAACAACUACUACAACAACAGCAACAACCACUAAAAAACCUACAACAACGACGCGGAAAACGACCACGUCAACAACAUCGACUUCGACAACACCCAAGACAACAACUACAAAGAAAGUGUUGACAACAGAGAAAACAACCAAAACAACAACGCCUUCAACUUCCAGUUCCCCAAAGAUUGCUGGAAUCGGAACCGCCACAACGCCACCACAGAGGAAGCGCAUCACUUGGAAGGUUGAUCCGCAGGACAUCGAUGGCCACACGGACACUAACGAGAAUACACCCAACCCAGCUUUAAUAGCGUUGUACCUACUUGUCGGCGUAGUCCUUGUGGUUGUUCUGGGGAAUAUCACACAUCGCUGGCUAAUCCCAAACGGUGGUACCAGACCCCACAACGAGACGACCGUAACUUUCAAGAAGGCUAUGCAAAGUCUGAGAAAACGAAGAGGCCAUUUGCGGAAUCGGAACACAAACAACAUGGAGCACCCAUUGUGCGAUACCGAUAACGACGACGAUGAUUAUUUUGAGGAAACAGGCGUGGACAUACGCAAUGGGUCCGAUCUAUAGGGGUGCGGACGUACAAAUAACCAAUAAGAAAGGGGACCAAAGGACCCCUAUCUAAGUGCCUAUUAUAUAGGGAAAUAUAAACAAAAGAUGGGCGUGGCCAUUGUAAUGUCCAAUGGAACCGAUGGAUGUGAGGUUGCGGGUCAUAAAAAUGUACCGAUAGCGGAGGAACUGAAAGGCCCCUAUCUGAAUUGCUAGUGCCCAACAAAUUAUUUAUAUAAGAAAGUAAAAAAAAUAAUAUAUUUAAAAUACGAAAAAUUUAAA